AUGGAAAGCUGUGUGAAGUUCAGAGGAACCACUCAGUCCAGGCAGGAGCAGUGCGCUCAGUUCAGUGAGGUCGUGGGCAGCGUCUCUGCUCGACUCGGCAGAGUCAACCAGCGGUCAGAGGAGGGCGACAUCGACCCCAUUUCACCGAUGCAGCUGCCAGAUUCCCAGUGGAAACGACAAGCCGCCACGCCGGGGUCCCGGGAGCACGACCCGAGCUCUCAACAGGUCACCAAACGCCACCGGAAACUAUUAAAGACCAGCCCGGUGCGGCGACCCCACACGAACUCUUCACACCCACCAUCAUCUUCAUCGAGCUCACGGCGUCUGUCUGACAUCCAGGAGUCCCGUCGACGGAUCAUACGGGAGGUCUGCGGGAAAUAUCGGAGUAAUAUUUCACGGACGAUAACGCCGCAUCACGUGUCGCGGAUUUACGUGGAGGACCAUCAUAAACUGCUGUACUGUGAGGUGCCUAAAGCCGGAUGCUCCAAUUGGAAGAGAAUCCUGAUGGUUUUGGCCGGCGUCGCCAACUCUACGCGAGAAAUCAAUCAUGUGGCUGUUCAUUACGACAAUCACCUGAAACGCCUGGACAGCUUCGACCAUCAAGGCAUCUCUAAGCGCUUGGAGACGUACACCAAAGUCCUGUUCAUCCGAGAGCCGAUGGAGAGACUGGUGUCUGCCUUCAGGGACAAAUUCGAGAGCCCCAAUUCCUACUACCAUCCCGUAUUCGGAAAGCCCAUCAUCUCCAAAUACAGGAUUCUGUCUGACAUCCAGGAGUCCCGUCGACGGAUCAUACGGGAGGUCUGCGGGAAAUAUCGGAGUAAUAUUUCACGGACGAUAACGCCGCAUCACGUGUCGCGGAUUUACGUGGAGGACCAUCAUAAACUGCUGUACUGUGAGGUGCCUAAAGCCGGAUGCUCCAAUUGGAAGAGAAUCCUGAUGGUUUUGGCCGGCGUCGCCAACUCUACGCGAGAAAUCAAUCAUGUGGCUGUUCAUUACGACAAUCACCUGAAACGCCUGGACAGCUUCGACCAUCAAGGCAUCUCUAAGCGCUUGGAGACGUACACCAAAGUCCUGUUCAUCCGAGAGCCGAUGGAGAGACUGGUGUCUGCCUUCAGGGACAAAUUCGAGAGCCCCAAUUCCUACUACCAUCCCGUAUUCGGAAAGCCCAUCAUCUCCAAAUACAGGGUGAAUGCAUCGCAGACGGCUCUGAAGACGGGAAGUGGUGUGACCUUUCGAGAGUUCAUCCACUAUCUUUUGGACGUGCAUCGUCCCGUGGGAAUGGACAUCCAUUGGGAAGCGGCCAACCAGCUCUGCAGCCCCUGCCAUCUUCACUACGACUUCAUCGGGAAGGUCGAGACCUUGGAAGAAGACGCCAACUUCCUUUUACGAAAGAUCGGUGCGCCGGAGAACCUGACGUACCCCUCGUUCAAGGACGGGAACCCCAAAGCGGCCAGAACUUCUACUCAGAUCACGCAGCAUUAUUUUUCGUUGCUGAACGCGUCUGAGCGCCAGCGGGCUUUUGACUUCUACUACAUGGACUACUUGAUGUUUAACUACUCCAAACCCUACAAAGACCUGUACUGAAGCUUGUGCUUUAACUGCUGGUUACCUGUGCGCGCUGUCCAUCGUCUGAUCAAUGCUUCAGAGACUAAUUAGACUAAUCCAUAAUUACACAGUCUCAUCCUCUUUGGAGAUUCAUCCGUCAAUAAUCCGGAGCACAUCACUCAUUUACAUAAAUGGCUCUUAAUUUGCCAUUAAAAAGUGUCCUAACCAGGCGUGACUCCACAAGUUACCAGUGACUAACUCAUCUGUCUCACUGACAGCAUAAAUUGAGUGUGAUGUUUAAAAACUCACAGCCAACUAUCAAAUGUUUAGUAUACAGAGU